AGGGCCGCGCCACGCCCCCGCGGCGUCGGCGAACACACGGAAAAGCGGAUCCGUCUGCGGAGCCGGGUUCCGGGGUCGCACUGCGCAUGCCCUGCAGUCCUGGGCGAAGGGGGCGGUGGUUGCCCGCGGCGCUGCGCGCGGCGGUAAUUAGUGAUUGUCUUCCAGCUUCGCGAAGGCUAGGGGCGCGGCUGCCGGGUGGCUGCGCGGCGCUGCCCCCGGACCCAGGGGCAGCCAACCCAAUGAAACCACCGCGUGUUCGCGCCUGGUAGAGAUUUCUCGAAGACACCAGUGGGCCCGUUCCGAGCCCUCUGGACCGCCCGUGUGGAACCAAACCUGCGCGCGUGGCCGGGCCGUGGGACAACGAGGCCGCGGAGACGUGAGUCUUUCAGGAAGGCGCAAUGGCGAGGAAGUUAUCUGUAAUCUUGAUCCUGACCUUUGCCCUCUCUGUCACAAAUCCCCUUCAUGAACUAAAAGCAGCUGCUUUCCCCCAGACCACUGAGAAAAUUAGUCCAAAUUGGGAAUCUGGCAUUAAUGUUGACUUGGCAAUUACCACACGGCAAUAUCAUCUACAACAGCUUUUCUACCGCUAUGGAGAAAAUAAUUCUUUGUCAGUUGAAGGGUUCAGAAAAUUACUUCAAAAUAUAGGCAUAGAUAAGAUUAAAAGAAUCCAUAUACACCAUGACCACGACCAUCACUCGGACCACGAGCAUCACUCAGACCACGAGCAUCACUCAGACCAUGAGCAUCAUUCAGACCACGAGCAUCACUCUGACCAUGAUCAUCACUCUCACCGUAAUCAUGCUGCUUCUGGUAAAAAUAAGCGAAAAGCUCUUUGCCCAGACCAUGACUCAGAUAAUUCAGGUAAAGAUCCUAGAAACAGCCAGGGGAAAGGAGCUCACCGACCAGAACAUGCCAGUGGUAGAAGGAAUGUCAAGGACAGUGUUAGUGCUAGUGAAGUGACCUCAACUGUGUACAACACUGUCUCUGAAGGAACUCACUUUCUAGAGACAAUAGAGACUCCAAGACCUGGAAAACUCUUCCCCAAAGAUGUAAGCAGCUCCACUCCACCCAGUGUCACAGAAAAGAGCCGGGUGAGCCGGCUGGCUGGUAGGAAAACAAAUGAAUCUGUGAGUGAGCCCCGAAAAGGCUUUAUGUAUUCCAGAAACACAAAUGAAAAUCCUCAGGAGUGUUUCAAUGCAUCAAAGCUACUGACAUCUCAUGGCAUGGGCAUCCAGAUUCCGCUGAAUGCAACAGAGUUCAACUAUCUCUGUCCAGCCAUCAUCAACCAAAUUGAUGCUAGAUCUUGUCUGAUUCAUACAAGUGAAAAGAAGGCUGAAAUCCCUCCAAAGACCUAUUCAUUACAAAUAGCCUGGGUUGGUGGUUUUAUAGCCAUUUCCAUCAUCAGUUUCCUGUCUCUGCUGGGGGUUAUCUUAGUGCCUCUCAUGAAUCGGGUGUUUUUCAAAUUUCUCCUGAGUUUCCUUGUGGCACUGGCCGUUGGGACUUUGAGUGGUGAUGCUUUUUUACACCUUCUUCCACAUUCUCAUGCAAGUCACCACCAUAGUCAUAGCCAUGAAGAACCAGCAAUGGAAAUGAAAAGAGGACCACUUUUCAGUCAUCUGUCUUCUCAAAACAUAGAAGAAAGUGCCUAUUUUGAUUCCACGUGGAAGGGUCUAACAGCUCUAGGAGGCCUGUAUUUCAUGUUUCUUGUUGAACAUGUCCUCACAUUGAUCAAACAAUUUAAAGAUAAGAAGAAAAAGAAUCAGAAGAAACCUGAAAAUGAUGAUGAUGUGGAGAUUAAGAAGCAGUUGUCCAAGUAUGAAUCUCAACUUUCAACAAAUGAGGAGAAAGUAGAUACAGAUGAUCGAACUGAAGGCUAUUUACGAGCAGACUCACAAGAGCCCUCCCACUUUGAUUCUCAGCAGCCUGCAGUCUUGGAAGAAGAAGAGGUCAUGAUAGCUCAUGCUCAUCCACAGGAAGUCUACAAUGAAUAUGUACCCAGAGGGUGCAAGAAUAAAUGCCAUUCACAUUUCCACGAUACACUCGGCCAGUCAGACGAUCUCAUUCACCACCAUCAUGACUACCAUCAUAUUCUCCAUCAUCACCACCACCAAAACCACCAUCCUCACAGUCACAGCCAGCGCUACUCUCGGGAGGAGCUGAAAGAUGCCGGCGUCGCCACUCUGGCCUGGAUGGUGAUAAUGGGCGAUGGCCUGCACAAUUUCAGCGAUGGCCUAGCAAUUGGUGCUGCUUUUACUGAAGGCUUAUCAAGUGGUUUAAGUACUUCUGUUGCUGUGUUCUGUCAUGAGUUGCCUCAUGAAUUAGGUGACUUUGCUGUUUUACUAAAGGCUGGCAUGACCGUUAAGCAGGCUGUCCUUUAUAAUGCAUUGUCAGCCAUGCUGGCGUAUCUUGGAAUGGCAACAGGAAUUUUCAUUGGUCAUUAUGCUGAAAAUGUUUCUAUGUGGAUAUUUGCACUUACUGCUGGCUUAUUCAUGUAUGUUGCUCUGGUUGAUAUGGUACCUGAAAUGCUGCACAAUGAUGCUAGUGACCAUGGAUGUAGCCGCUGGGGGUAUUUCUUUUUACAGAAUGCUGGGAUGCUUUUGGGUUUUGGAAUUAUGUUACUUAUUUCCAUAUUUGAACAUAAAAUCGUGUUUCGUAUAAAUUUCUAGUUAAGGUUUAAAUGCUAGAGUAGCUUAAAAAGUUGUCAUAGUUUCAAUAGGUCAUAGGGAGAUGAGUUUGUAUGCUGUACUAUGCAGCAUUUAAAGUUAGUGGGUUUUGUGAUUUUUGUAUUGAAUAUUGCUGUCUGUUACAAAGUCAAUUAAAGGUACGUUUUAAUAUUUAAGUUAUUCUAUCUUGGAGAUAAAAUCUGUAUGUGCAAUUCACCGGUAUUACCAGUUUAUUAUGUAAACAAGAGAUUUGGCAUGACAUGUUCUGUAUGUUUCAGGGAAAAAUGUCUUUAAUGCUUUUUCAAGAACUAACACAGUUAUUCCUAUACUGGAUUUUAGGUCUCUGAAGAACUGCUGGUGUUUAGGAAUAAGAAUGUGCAUGAAGCCUAAAAUACCAAGAAAGCUUAUACUGAAUUUAAGCAAAGAAAUAAAGGAGAAAAGAGAAGAAUCUGAGAAUUGGGGAGGCAUAGAUUCUUAUAAAAAUCACAAAAUUUGUUGUAAAUUAGAGGGGAGAAAUUUAGAAUUAAGUAUAAAAAGGCAGAAUUAGUAUAGAGUACAUUCAUUAAACAUUUUUGUCAGGAUUAUUUCCCAUAAAAACAUAGUGAGCACUUUUCAUAUACUAAUUUAGUUGUACAUUUAACUUUGUUUGUAUAAUACAGAAAUCUAAAUAUAUUUAAUGAAUUCAAGCAAUAUAUCACUUGACCAAGAAAUUGGAAUUUCAAAAUGUUCAUGCGGGUAUAUACCAGAUGAGUACAGUGAGUAGUUUUAUGUAUCACCAGACUAGGUUAUUGCCAAGUUAUGUAUCACCAAAAGCUGUAUGAUUGGAUGUUCUGGUUACCUGGUUUACAAAAUUAUCAGAGUAGUAAAACUUCGAUAUAUAUGAGGAUAUUAAAACCACACUAAGUAUCAUUUGACUUCGAUUCAGAAAGUACUUUGAUAUCUCUCAGUGCUUCAAUGCUAUCAUUGUGAGCAAUUGUCUUUUAUAUACGGUACUGUAGCCAUACUAGGCCUGUCUGUGGCAUUCUCUAGAUGUUUCUUUUUUACACAAUAAAUUCCUUAUAUCAGCUUGA